AUGGCUGGCGUGCUCUUGCAGACCGCCUUGGUCACCAGCUGCUUACAGGACGCCUUCCUGCCCGUUGACGUGCACACCGGACUCAUCCGGCCCACCCGGCGCCUCUGCAGCCCCACCUCAGCUACAGCAUCCAAACUGCCCAAGAAGCCCAAGAUGCAGGCCACAGGGGAUGUGUUCCCCACUGACUGGAGUCCGCCACCUAUUGAGUUCCUGAACCCACCAGCCAAGGGUGCAGCAGGACCCCAGGAUCUGAGGAGACUGGCCCACCAGCUGCCUGAGAAGUUAGCAUCCAAACAGCAGACCUCGGACCCCAAGAGGAGCCUAGACUCAUUGGAGGAGCUCUUCCUGAACCUGGCCUGCCCGAAUCAGAAGGCUGCAGCCCUGCCAGAGUUCACCUCGGGGAGCUCAGAAAGCUACGUCAAUAGCUUAGAUUACUUACUGCAGGAGAAGAGGGAACAGGCUCCGGAACAGGAACGGGAGAAGCUGCUUCUGCAGGAGUGCCCGGACAUCAACUCGCUGGAUCUUGAGGAAGAUGAAGUGUCUCUCACACAUGAGCACAGGUUGCUUUUGGAAAGGUUCUCUGUGUCACUGCAGGCCAUCCCAACAGUACAUCCGGGCGAAACUGUGUUUCUGCCCAGGCAGCACCCCCAGUCUUGUAUCCUGGACUGUUCACACCUGGAGCCACAGAACCCCCUAGAAGGGCUGUUCUUCAGAUCCCCGCCGGCCCAGCAGCUGUCCUAUCUGUGCAAUGGCCUUCUGAGCACCAUCUACCUGGACACUCCCCAUCACCCACUGCCCCUGCUGCAGUGGCUGUUCCAGCUGCUGACAUGGCCUCCAGAAACUUCUUCACGGGCCUUUGAUCUGCUGUGGGAUCUCAGUGUGGAUGAGCUCUUCCGUCAUACCGAGGGAGACCUGAACCUGUGGCACCCCUCUCUCCAGGAGAUCGUGGAGGCAUUUCACAACCUGGGCGCCCAUGAUGUCCAUCUCUUCCCCCAGGAGCCUGAUCAGGAGUGUGGGAGAGGGCAGAAAAGCAAGACCAGCCCGAGCCAGCCUGAGCCACUGGACCCCUCUCAGGAGAUUGCCUUGGACACCAGCCUGAGCUUCAUCUAUAAGAUCCUGACCCUCUGUGCCCUUGGCCAGCCGGGGGCCUACCCUGACAGUGACCUCCUGGGCCUGAUUGAGCUGCUGUGCCGUGUCAGCCUGGACACGGGGCUCCGCCUGCUGCCCAAAACGGACCUCCAGCAGCUCCUGCUCCUGCUCCUGCAGAACAUUCAGGAUUGGCCCGGGAAGCUCCAGCAGCUAUGCCAGACCCUGAGCUCCGUGUCAGAUCACCACCAUAACCUGAUGGCCCUCGUGCAGUUCUUCCUGGAUGUGACUUCUCGGAGCAGGCAGCUACGCGGCCAGCUCAGCCUCCUGAUCAUUGCCCGAAUGCUGAACCAACAAGAUACACUUCCUGUCUGGCAAGAGAAGGCUCAGCUGUCCUCGCUCAGCCGGCUCCUCAGCCUCAUGAGGCCAUCUUCCCUCAGGCAGCACCUGGGAGCUGAGACUGUGCAGCCCUGCCAAGAGCCACAGCCCAGGGCCAACGCCGAGCUCGACCACAAGGCCUGCUACCUGUGCCACAGCCUGCUGACACUGGCCGGGGUGGUGGUCAGCUGCCAGGACAUCACUGCUGAGCAGUGGGCCGAGCUGCAGCUGCUGUGCAUGCAGUUGGACCGCCACAUCAGCACCCACAUCCGGGAGAGCCCCCAGGCCAUGCACCGCACCAAGCUCAAGGACCUGGCUGCCCAGACCUACAUCCGCUGGCAGGAGCUGCUGGCCCUCUGCCAGCCUCAGGCCCAGUACUUCAGCCCAUGGAAAGAGACGUAA